UAAUAUCUAUUAUGUCUCUGCUUAUCAGCCUGCUGUCGAAGCUCAGUCUUGGGAAAUCUAAAAGAUUACCUCUUCUUCUACUUCUCUCAAAUGGAUUUUCAUCUUCCUUGAGGAAAGAGCAAACCCCUCCAUGUUACAUCGUCUCAGUUGAACCUUGUGAACCUUUUAAAGCCGGUCUCGGAAAACUCGAAAUUUCCAGGGUUCAUAAUGAUAUGAUUAAUCGGGAAAGAAAGGUGGUGCGUGGGGAGUUGGUGUACAAUGAUCUAUUUGGUACAGUGGUAACGAUCGGGGCAUCUAAUGGAUGGGUAGCUACUUUGAAUGGAAAGGACGGAAUCCUGCGUCUUCAAGAUGAUCUGAACCCGUAUGCAUCGUAUACAGAUCCUAAACGCAUCCCUCUGCCUCCUCUUGUGACUCUGCCACGUUGCCAAACCCAAAUCGUCACCAACGUGUCAAUGUCCUCAUCUUCUCCAGAGGAUGAAGACUGUGUUGUGGCUGUCAAGUUCUUGGGACCUCAGCUCAGUUUUUGCAGACCAGCUCAGAGUAAACCCGAGUGGGUCAACAUCAGGAUCGAUAACCCAUGCUUCUACUCCUCACGUGUUAUGUUUUCCAAGAAAGACAAGGUGUUUCGCAUUCUUGGGGCUGGAGGCCAUCUCAUGGGAUCAUGGGACCUCCAGAAUCACAAACACAAGAUUCAGAGGUUGCACUUUGAAAACAUUCCCGAGUUAACCAAGCCCACAAACGAGCUUAUGGACUCGUGCUGCACGUACGAGCACUUGGUGGAGUCAGAUACCACCGGCGAAACGUUCAUGCUUAAGCAGUACAAGAAGACUGGCAAGAUACUCAAAGGCGUUGCCAAAAUGAAAACAAGAAAUUUAAUGGUGUUCAAGCUAGACAAUGAAGGAAAUGCAGUUUACACUGGAGACAUUGGAGAUCUCGUCAUUUUCCUCUCAAAGUCUGAACCUUUUUGUGUCCCGGCUAGCUCACUACGGAGGAUGCUCCCUAACUGCGUCGAAACCUUGGAUUCAUGCGAAAAUGGAUUUGUCCAUCUGGAUGAUCGCUACGCUUAUACACAUAUUGGUGGUCUAAACCCGGCCCCUUUCUUUAUUCCACCACAAAAUAUAGACUAGUAAGUGUUCUGUAAUAGUCAGAGAGUCAUGUUUCCACCACUCAAAGUUUUUAUAUCAUACCAGUUGGUGUCGUAGCUAGAUCUUACCUUAUUUUUGCUGUAUGUUUUGUUUUUAUAUCUUAACAGUUACCACUUAUAU